GUUCCACGGGCUUCGAAAAAACAUCGCGACACCACGACGGCCGCAUGCCCCAAGGCUUCCCCGCACACACUCUCUUAUCAACAAUAGGCUAGCACAGCGGCCGACGCUUGCGAUUAAUACACAAUGGCUUACCGCAUGAUAACCCAAGUCGUCAUCAUCGGCACCCGCGUGGUUGGCCGCGCCUUCGCCGAAGCAUACAAGCAAGCAUCAGCCUCGAGCCAGUAUCAGCGCGCGCAGGCCAAGUCGGGCAAUGGCGUGUCGGGGCGGGCCAGCCUUAGCAGUGGCAUGACCCUGGAGGAGGCGUGCAAGAUCCUCAACGUGAAGCAACCCCAAGGCGGCAAGGCCGACAUGGAAGAGGUCAUGGACCGCUUCAAGCGCCUGUUCGACAACAACGAGCCCAAGAAGGGCGGCUCCUUCUACCUGCAGAGCAAGAUCCUGCGCGCACGCGAGAGGAUCGAGGCCGAGGUGAAACCCGCGAUAGAGAAGGCCGCACAAGAGGCAGAAACGAAGGAGGGAUGGAACCCCAAGGUCUACAAGGACAGGUAG